AUGCCCUUCGAAUAUCCACCUGUUCUCUCCCUCGCACCCCUUACUGCCCUGCCGCGACCAGCGACUCCGCCCAUGCCCCUAAUCCUACGCAUCCCGCUCACCCCGUGUACCUCUCCCACCCCCUCGCCCUCUCCUUCACCCCCUCCGUCGCCGUCAAUGGCGGUAGCGGACGCGGAUGCCUCCUCAUGCUACCCAUCUCCACACGCUUCGCCGUCCACCUCGUAUGCGCCGACCCCGUGCGUCCAACAAAACCAUUACCAUCACCAUCACGGGCAGGGGCAGGGGCAACUGUACAAGAAGAAGCCCUCCCAAAUGACGAAGCUCCGUGCGCGUGUCUACGCAGCCGAGCAGCGCGCCAUCCUGCUCGAUGCGCAGAAAGGUGCGCUGACCCAGCAGCUCAACAACACCGAGGCUGUGCUCGCGAACUCGCAGAACCAGUUGGCGCGUACCGGCGCCGAACUCGCCUUCACCCAGAACACGCUUGCCGAUAGGCAGGCCAUGCUCGCGGACGUCCAGAGCCAGCUCGUGCGCCAGACGGCUGUUGCUGUUGACACGGAGCGUGUGCUUGCGCGCACGAGGGAGCGGCUCGAUGGCCUGAUCGCGCAAUUUGUCGACUAUCGCAAGGGCGUAGAGGAAGCGGCUGAGGAAGCGGCUGCUCGCGCAGAGAGGGCUAACUCGUUCACCCACUACGUAGGGUUACAACUUCGAACUACGCAAACGAAGUUGGAGAUCGUGCAGGAGCAACUCAGGGAGGCGAGGGAGAGGAUGGCGGAGAGAGAGAAUGUUAAGGUUGAGGACGAGGACGAAGAAGAGGAGAUGGACGAAGAAGAGGGGGAAGAGGAAGAGGAAGAGGAGAGGGAAGAGGAGGAGGAUACAGAGUACGGAGAAGAGGUCAAGGAGGAAGAGGAAGAAACUGCCAUGCAAGGCGUCGAACAAAUAAAACAAGAGGAGUCUGAAGACGAACUACCAGACGAAGAAGAGGAAGGAGAAUGCGUUAAAAACGACGAUCUCCAAGACUCUGAAGACGAAGAUGAAGAUGGCCAAAUCGACUCCUCCGACGAAUCCAUCGACCACGAACCCUCACCAGCACGCACAACCUCCAUCGGCCCGGAGCGCCUCCAAGCUCUUCGAGACGAGUGGACGCGCGAAGUCACACAGAAAUGGGCCGAGGAGCGCUCAGCACUUCAGUCUCGGUACACCAAAUCCGAAAUUGCCACGCACGAGACUGAAUCGCGCUUGGCGGCUAUGGAGGCUCGCCUCGUUGAGGUCCAGAAGAAGGCGCUGGAACUCCAGCGCCGAGUUGGUGAGGCGGAGAAGAAGGCGAACGACGCUGAACGGAGGGCUGUGGAAGGAGAAAGAAAGGCGAGUGAGGCGGAGAAGAGGGCAGAGAAAGCGGAACGAGAGUGUAAGGAGAGCGGCGAGAAGCUGGACAAGGUGAACGAGCGUCUGUGGCGGGAGAGCGAGAAUUCGUUCAGCCUCCAAGACAAAUACAAUCAGCUAGAAGCGGAGAAAGCUGGUUUGGAAGAAGAGAAGGAUGAUUGGGAAGAAGAAAAGGAGGCUUGGCAGGAAGCGAGUGGCGAAUGGGAGGCGGCGAAGGCGUUGUGGGGUAGGGAGAGAGUUGAGCGGGAGCAGGAGAGAGAUGUGUGGGCGUAUGAGCGAGCCGGAUGGGAGGAAGAGAGAGCCGGGUUUGAGCAGGAGAAAGCGGCCUGGGAGGUAGAACGUCAGGCGCUCGUCGAGGAGAACCAGAGACUUCUCGAUGAAUACGCGGAGGUAUUGACCAAGAAAACGGUCGUAUCACUGAACGAAGACCUCCAAAAUGGCCUCGUCUCCCGCAUGAACGCUCUCGAGGAGAGUCUGCAACGCAGCCUACAGUCCAUCGCCGACCGCCCCAGUUCCGCCGAGCAGAAGGGCGUCCACGAAAUUCAGCGCCUCAACGCUAUCCUCCGAAACAUCAACGACGAAAAGAUCAACUUGGAAAAAUCAACCAGUCUGGAACGCGUUGCGUGGCUUGAGGAACGGCAGAAGCUAGAGAAGGAGUUACAGGCGACCAAGGCCAAGCAAGAGGAGUUAUACAAGGCGAAGGAGGGCUGGGACAAGAGGUGGGAGAUGGUGCGGAAGCAAGUGAAGGACUUGAAGGAAGAGAGGGACGGGGCGAAGAGGAAGGUGAAGGAGUUGGAGGACGAGUUGGCGGGCGCUAGUAGUGGGAGGCCGGGGAAGCGCCCAAGGGUGGGCGAAUCCUGA